AAAAUCGCUCGCGCAGUUGGCACAAACGCGUCGCGGCCUUUCGGAUCAACGUUUGGUUCACUUUAAUAUCUUUCAGCGUUUGUACUGUGAAUGUGAUGGGUUUCUUUCUGACCGGAACCUACCGGAAACAUAUCGUGGAGUUGGAUUUAGGUGCGGAUUAUGAGUUGGUUUCGGAGACUAUUAAAAAACUAGGUUACGUGAGGAUUAUCACGGCCGUAAUAAUUUCCACGAUGAACUUCGUUUGGAUCAAUACGAUGCUGAAUGCGAUGUUGGUUGAGCUGGAAAUAUUGGUGGAUAUUUUUGAGGAGCUCGCCACCGCCGGUGAUGAUUUGAUGAACGAAUUUCGUAUUGCAGUACAAAAGCAUCGGCAGUACUUUGACUUUGUUGGCCAAGUGCAACACAUAACAUCGCCCUGUUUCUUGAUUCAGUACUAUCCGACACAGAUAAUUCUCGUCACCGUGAUUGUGUUGUUCCGCUAUGACCGAGGUUCCGGUUUCGAGUUAGGCUAUCUCAUGCAUGGGGUUUUGCUACUUUUGCAGUUCUGGUACAUUUGUAACUACGUUGAAAACCUCGAGAGUAAAUGCGACCAGAUAGGAGAAAUCAUUUACAACCGACCCUGGUACGCAGAGCAGCACCGUAGAAUGAUCCGUUCAUACCUAUUUAUUAUAGCUCGAAGCCAGCACGGAUUGCGCUUCAAGUGCGGAGGAUUUUUCUACAUGUCCAUGGAAUCGCUAGCCGAUCUGCUGCGCAUGAGUAGCUCCCUGCUGGCGUUUAUAACGAGCUUUAAGUAAUCAAAACAAUACUUGCAAUAGUUAUGGAA